AAGACCGAAUGUUUCUCUGAUCGAUGAUCUCUGCACCUUGAGAGUUUAUUUCUCGUCCAAAUAAACGAACCCUAACUCUGACAUGGAAGGAGAGCUUCAAGAAGACUGGGAAGUGGUGAUCCAGAGCUCUGGAGCUAUUCAGGAAGAGGAGAACCCGAAGAGCUUGGAGGAGAUUGAAAAUGGCACGCAAGGUAUUGUUACCUUUGAUUACUUCUCGAUGGAAAACAAAAACUGUGUGGGUCGCGUUGAUGCGAUCGAUGAAGAUGGGUCUGUUCAAUCUGGUAGUCCAGGCUGGAUCGAACCUAACUCCGACGCUCCUUAUGGCCCCAAGCUUUUUAGCGAGUUAUGGUCGGAUUCCAGCAGCGAUCGGCUCGAUGAUCAGAUAUUAGUCGGUGAUGAUGAUGUGAACAACGAGUUGGGUUUGGAGAAAUCAGAGGAAUUCAGUGAAAGUACAGCGAAAGAGAAGCAUUUGGAGGAGUCGCCAGUUUCAGUGGAAGGAAAGUCUGUUUCUAUUGAUUCAUCUGGUGGUGGUGGAGGAGAAGAAAGGGGAUUUCUGUGGUGGAAGAUUCCGAUUGACGUUUCGAAGUAUUGUGUUUUCAGAGUUAAUCCUAUUUGGUCUCUCUCCAUGGCAGCAGCAGUGGUGGGUUUUGUUAUGUUAGGCCGCAAAUUGUAUCAUAUGAAGAAGACGAAGAGCUCUACUUUGCAUCUUAAGGUCCUCCUUGAUGAUAAGAAGGUGGCGAAUAAUGGUGCUCGGUUGAACGAAGCAGCAAUCUCAUUAAUGAAACGUGUGCCCAUAAUCCCGCCAGCACUCCCAUCAUCUGUGGUGGGUAUGAACCAAUGGCCUAUGAUGAGUUUAAGGUGAAAGAUAAGUACAGUGAAUUCAGGGCAUACUAUAAUGCAUAAGUGUGACGAAUGGGUGAUAUGAAUGGCAUGUAUCAUUUGAAUGUGUUAUGACAAGUCUCAAAAUGUUACAAAACAUACAAAAGAUGCUUGUAAGUUUGUACCGCGUGUGUAUGUAUAUAUUGUUACCUGUUUGGAUUCGAAUCACAGUGAAGCUUGGUGGUACAAAAAUGUGAAGAACGGUAAGGUAUAGCUACAAAAAAAUCUUUUAAAAGGCAUUGUGUAUGUGUUACGUGUUUCGCAACAAAUUAUAAUUAACCGAUAACAAUAUUGUCG